GCAUACACUCCCAGCAGACCAAAUAGCACAGCAUGGGCAUGAAAGAGCUGCCCAUCACCCCUCGUGGAAUCUUCUGGCAAGAAGACUUUAUCACGCCCGAAUACGAGCAGCAACUAAUCUCCAUCUUCCGGCAUGAACUAAAGUGGCCCGACCGCAGCGGGCGCACAUCUCUCCACUACGGCUACACAUUCGAUUAUAAGACUUUCGGAGUAGACCCCGAGAUACCCUAUAAGGAGUUUCCAGAUUGGCUGAAGCCUCUGAUUCCCACGACGGAGUCCCGUCCCCCAGAUCAGGUCUGUCUGCAGUAUUAUCCUCCGGGAAGUGGCAUCCCACCUCAUGUAGAUGCGCACCUGGCGUGGGAUCAGCUGUAUGCGCUGUCGCUGGGUGCGCCGGUCUUGAUGCAGUUCCGGAAGGGCAAGACGGAGGAGCGGAUCGAUGUGGAUUUGACCCCGCGGACGAUGAUGGCGAUGGUUGGGGAUGCGAGGCUUCAUUGGACGCAUGGGAUCAAGAAGCGGAAGACAGAUACCUUACCCGAUGGCUCGGUGAGGCUGAGGGAGGAUAGGUGGAGUCUUACGUAUCGGUGGCUUAGGAAUGGGGAGUGUGAGUGUGGAAAUGUUGAGCUUUGUGAUGUUGCCCAGAGACGGAAUGGUAUUGAGAAGGAGAAGAGGUCGUUGAAGCAGUUAGCUGAGGAGAGUGCCGGGCAGACUGCUUCUGAAUGAUCGGUGUUUGGCUGAUGGAGCGAUACAAAGAUGAGUCGAUGACCGCAUAUCUUCAUAUACAGCCUGUGGCUUUUGGUGGUGUCGUCAAGGGUCACCAAAGGCCAUUCACUCGAACGAACUGCCUAAUUUCCUGCGUAUGGCACGAUGGAAGAAGCGUCCUAUGGAAUAGGGAAUGGCAAUGAUUGCGGGAUAUCCCAGUCAGGCAUUCAUUCGGACUCCAACGGAUACUGAAAGGAGAAUAUUGCCGCUCGAAGGCUCCUGAUACUCCAAGGCCUUCAUUGGUGGUUGCAUGGGACGCCUACUACAUUCGACAGCCAGCACA